UACAGAAGUUAUUGACCCAGCACCUAAAAAUUAAAUGGAAGUCCAUUCACGGCAAACCCCUGUUUUCAGAGCUGCCUUUUCUUUUGUCUGUCGUAUGUUGUGUGUGUUGGUUAUAAAAAUUUAAGAAACCUCCCGCCGUCUCACAUCUACCAUCUCAUCUCAUAGAUUCCUUCUCCAUCCCCAGUGAAUACACACGCUCUAGACCCAUUAAUACUUUCCCAGGAAAAAAAUCCCAUCUUUUCCUCUGCCUUUUCUUUCUGGUUUCGAUGGGAAAGUAUGGAUUGAUUGAUCUAGAGAAGCACUUUGCAUUCUAUGGUGCAUACCAUAGUAACUCAAUAAACAUAUUGAUUCAUAUGAUAUUUGUUUGGCCAAUCUUUUUCACCGCUUGUUUGAUUCUUUAUUUCACACCUCCUCUGUUUAGUCUCCCUCAGGUCCAGUUAUCUCUGUUUGGUUAUGGUGUUGUUCUCUUUUUUAACGUUGGGUUCUUUCUUGUUUUGAUCUAUGCUUUGUUUUAUAUCUGUUUGGACCCAAAAGCUGGUUCCUUGGCUGCUUUGCUUUGUGCUUUUUGUUGGGUGGCUAGUUCUUUGGUGGCUGGUUGGCUCGGGUUCUCUCUUGCUUGGAAGGUUGUUCUGGUGGCUCAAAUAGUUUGUUGGACUGGACAGUUCAUCGGGCAUGGGGUCUUUGAGAAACGAGCCCCUGCACUUUUGGAUAACCUCAUUCAAGCCUUUAUAAUGGCUCCCUUCUUUGUGCUGCUGGAGGCUCUUCAAACCUCUUUCGGUUAUGAACCGUACCCAGGGUUCCAUGCUAGUGUUCAAGCAAAGAUUGAUGCUGAAAUAAAAGAGUGGCGAGAGAAGAAGCUUAAGUUGCUUAGUUAAACUGGAGCCUUUUCAAUAAACAUGAUUGAUCAGUUUAUAUCCCCUUGCCACCAAACAAAUCAUGCCACAUCUUCUAAACAAUAUCACUGAUCAACACAAUGUACCUAGAACUUUAUUGUGAGUUGAGUGUGAUUAUAUUUUAUUCCCUGUACUUAUUUUCUGUUGAUAAAGCUUCGAAAUAGUAUUGGAUACGAAA